UUUGGUCUUAGGUUAGGUUUGUGAAUGAUGUGUUUAUUUAUUUUACGAGUACAUGAUAUUCAACUGUUAAGUGUUAUUUAUAUUUUUAAUCUUAGAUAGAUAGAGAGAUUUAUUAUUCAAAAGUUAUACAGUUUCCUGCAAAACUGUUUUCACAGUUUGUUUAUACAUGUCUAUUUAGCAAAUAUAUAUUGGUAGAAAUGAAUGACGAAUAUAUGCACUCUGAUAGCAAUAUAAUAUAUGUCGAUGAAAACAUACCAGGGCCUUUUGAGGACAGUGUUGAAUACAAUAAUAUAGUAUGUAAUUUUAAUUCACGGUUAAUAAAUUACUGCAAAUGCUAUUUAAUAUGUACAACAGGAUCCUGCCAAUGCUUGAUGAAAUCAGGAGAUGCUAAUUAUCAAAUGGAAGGAUAUACAUUAAACUUCCAAAAAGAUAUUGGUGACUUAUCUUAUCCAAUUAUAGAAUGCAACAGUUUAUGUACUUGUUCGCAGAGCUGUGGAAACCGUGUGGUUCAGAAAGGACCUAUUAAUUGUUUAGAAGUAAAAACAUGUGGAAACAUAUCCAAGGGUAAAGGACUCUUCACUACCCAGUUCAUUCCUAGAGGUACUUUUAUAUGUGAAUAUGCUGGUGAGAUUAUAACUCCUGAACAAGCUAAGAAGCGGCAUAAAUUAAAUGACACACUCAAAAAAAUGAACUAUAUAUUUUGCCUCAAUGAAUAUUGCGAUGGAACACAAUUGCAGAUGAUAGUAGAUCCAAGUGAGGUUGGCAAUAUUGGUCGCUACAUUAACCAUAGUUGCGAUCCUAACUGUCUAAUUGUACCUGUCAGAGUUAAUAAUCCUUUACCCAAAUUGGCUAUAUUCUCUCAAGUAGAUAUACAUCCUGGUUCUGAAAUAACAUAUAAUUAUGGUUCAAACAGUUUUGUUAAUUCACAAGAAGUAGAAAAUAGGAAAAAAUGUUUAUGCGACAGUAACAACUGCUUGGGCCUAAUGCCUUCUGACAAAUAUUAACAUGUUUUGUGUGUUAAAAAUGAUGCUGCUGUAACUAUUGAAAAACAGAAUAACAAAACUCAUAGGGGAAGUUACAUGUGUUGCCAAACGGGAGGCCACGUCAACUAAAUGUGCUGUCGGUGCCCAUUGAAGAUUACUCCUCCAUCAGACUCCCCAUCUACUAAGCUGGAAUUUAAUUAACACGUGGUUAAUAAUUAAAAAAGGUAUAUCAUAAAAUUACUAUUAACUUAAAUUAUAUAUAUAAUUAAAAUUAAAUAACUUUUUGUU